AUAGGUAAAGAUUUCUCCCCUGACAUUGUUUUACCUAAAAUAAGGCAACUGUGUGGCCACUGUCCCAACCCGGUUACACUCAUGUUACAUGUGCCUAUCAGCCUGAGGAGUAAUUUGAUUCAGGUGUUCUAGAAGUCAUGAUGUGGGCUGUGCCUGUUGAAUUCCCAGCGAUGCAAGGGGACACACCCUGUGACUCAUUCCUUAAUUGAGUGCUGAUAUUUGAUUGGUUUAUGGAGCACCUGAUGGGUGGGUGGGGUGUUCGCGGUUGGUGGGGGUGAGUUCUAUAAGGGCUGAUGCGGCCAGAGAGCUCGUCAUUUGAAGACUCUCUCGGAAGAGAUAGCGUCUUUCUGCAACCUGCGGUCCCAGCAGAAAAACCUUGUGAUCCUUGUUCCAGGCGACAUGGAGGACGACUCACUCUACUUGGGAGGUGAGUGGCAGUUCAACCACUUUUCAAAACUCACAUCUUCUUGGCCAGAUGCAGCUUUUGCUGAAAUCCAGCGGACUUCUCUCCCUGAGAAGUCACCACUCUCAUGUGAGACCCGUGUCGACUUCUGUGAUGAUUUGGCUCCUGUGGCAAGACAGCUUGCUCCCAGGGAGAAGCUUCCUCUGAGUAGCAGGAGACCUGCUGCGGUGGGGGCUGGGCUCCAGAAUAUGGGAAAUACCUGCUACGUGAACGCUUCCCUGCAGUGCCUGACAUACACACCGCCCCUUGCCAACUACAUGCUGUCCCGGGAGCACUCUCAAACGUGUCAUCGUCACAAGGGCUGCAUGCUCUGUACUAUGCAAGCUCACAUCACACGGGCCCUCUACCGUCCUGGCCAUGUCAUCCAGCCCUCACAGGCAUUGGCUGCUGGCUUCCAUAGAGGCAAGCAGGAAGAUGCCCAUGAAUUUCUCAUGUUCACUGUGGAUGCCAUGAAAAAGGCAUGCCUUCCCGGGCACAAGCAGGUAGAUCAUCACUCCAAGGACACCACCCUCAUCCACCAAAUAUUUGGAGGGUACUGGAGAUCUCAAAUCAAGUGUCUCCACUGCCACGGCAUUUCAGACACCUUUGACCCUUACCUGGACAUCGCCCUGGAUAUCCAGGCAGCUCAGAGUGUCAAGCAAGCUUUGGAACAGUUGGUGAAGCCCGAAGAACUCAAUGGAGAGAAUGCCUAUCAUUGUGCUCUUUGUCUCCAGAAGGCGCCUGCCUCCAAGACGUUAACUUUACACACUUCUGCCAAGGUCCUCAUCCUUGUAUUGAAGAGAUUCUCCGAUGUCACAGGCAACAAACUUGCCAAGAAUGUGCAAUAUCCUGAGUGCCUUGACAUGCAGCCAUACAUGUCUCAGCAGAACACAGGACCUCUUGUCUAUGUCCUCUAUGCUGUGCUGGUCCACGCUGGGUGGAGUUGUCACAACGGACAUUACUUCUCUUAUGUCAAAGCUCAAGAAGGCCAGUGGUAUAAAAUGGAUGAUGCCGAAGUCACUGCCUCUGGCAUCACUUCUGCCCUGAGUCAACAGGCCUAUGUCCUCUUUUACAUCCAGAAGAGUGAAUGGGAAAGACACAGUGAGAGUGUGUCAAGAGGCAGGGAACCAAGAGCCCUUGGCGCU